AUGUUGACAAGUCGAGGUCUACCACCCAUUUUUCCCCGUAUAUCUCCCCCUCCUCAUCUUCAACUUCCUCCACUUGUUGAGCAUGAUCCUCCUACUGCAACGUUCACCAACAUUCCCCGACGAUACGUGAGAUCGAGCAUGAACUGCACGGACAAUGCCAACUCUACCUCUGCAGCAGAAAACACGACAUCAUCCCAACCGUUGCGUAAAAGCAGCAGGAUUCACGAGCUCCGAUCAGCAUCCCUGCCAACUUCAAGCCCCUUAGAGCACCCAUAUAGCAAUGGUACGCUAUCUUCAACCCAAACGAACAUGAAGAGGUAUGCUUCCUUUGGCAACGACGCAUAUAGCGGCAGUUCAGUCGAUGGACACAGUCCUACUGAGUCGAGGUCUCCGCUAUUGAGUGCUUCAUCGACCGGUUCAGGAGAACUGUCAGGACAUGUCUGUCUUUGCCAGCCCGAACCAAAGGUUCCACGUCCACGGAAUGCUUUUAUUCUUUAUCGGCAGCACCACCAGCACGAUAUCGUUACCCGCCAUCCUAGACUUGCCAACCCCGAGAUCUCCAAAAUCAUUGGUGAACAGUGGCAAGCUGAGAGUGACGAAUCCAAGAGAGUAUGGCAUGAUCUUGCUCAGCUAGAGAAAGAAAGACACCAGGAACAGUAUCCCAAUUACCGAUACCAGCCUCGCCGUAUAGAAAAGCCCGGUUUCCUUCAACUCCCCCCACAAGGCCACGUCACAGUUGACAAGUAUCGUUGCCCCCGUUGCGGAGGUCGAAGCAUUCGAAAUCCAGUCAGCCCAUUUGCCAGCAAUCCCACAACACCAACCCUACCUCCCCCCAACCCAUCCGAAGGACUCACCCCAACAACCCGCUACCUGCCCGUCAUGAGCAACCUCAGCCUAGACUCACCCGCUCGCCGCCGAGGACCCGGCCCUUCAAAUCUCAGCACCAUCCAAAUCAACUCAUCCAACCCCCGCGACGACUACACCCCAAGCCCCUUAACCCCAGACUCCAAACGCCGCCGCUUCAACAACUACCCAAACGCGGCCCACCCCAAUUCCCGCAGAGAACCACCUCCCACAUCAUACUACUCCCAGCACCAACGCCGCGACUCCCUCCCUCCAAUGCUCAUGCGGCACUCCCCACCCAGCACAGCCGGACUCCCUCCAACCCCCUCCAACCCUUCACACCCCCAAAGACCCCAAAGAGACCUCCGUCGCUCCUCGCUCGACCUCAACCUCCUAGUCCCCACAUCCCCCCACCACCACGACCAAUCCCGCAGCGUCGAAGCAAUGGUCAUGAGCGUGCCGUACCACGUCAAAAUCAAAGUCCUAGGCCGCAUCACGCCUCCUCUCCGCGAAGCCGGCCCUAUGAGCCCCGUCGCCGCGAUUCGCGGCGCCAUCAUCGCAAUCGAGGGCGACGACCUGGCCGCCGUCGAUGAGCUCACGACGUGGCUGCACGACUUCCUCGGCGCGUCCGCCAGGGACUUCGCCGUCAAGAUCCAGGAGGCACCCUCAACCCCCGACGGGACCCACGAAAAAGGCAAAGCAGUCGACGUCGGGUUCGAGGACUAUCUCGACCUAGUCCGGGAAUGGCACGGCAAGAGCCGCGACAUGAUCCAUUACAUCACCACCGUUCCUACCUCGUCUGCCUCAUCCUCCUCCCUUACCCCUUCUUCCUCCGAGUCUUCCUCCUCAUCCCCACAACCAGCCUCCACAUCCACGCCUUCUUCUACCUCUCUGCCCCCCCACAAACCCACCGAUCCCAAGCGAGAGAAGACGGACCCGCCCCCCCUGCCCGUGCUGCUCCUGCCAACCUACCAGAUCCACGCCGCAAACACAUAUGCAUCGCGGAUCCCGAUCCAAGACGUGUACUCGCCCAUGGACCACUGGCAGUGGAUGGCGACGCUGUGGCGCGGCACCGUCGGCCCGGAUCUCACCAUCUAUGUGAAGUCGCCAUCUCCCGCACCCCACGCGUCGCAUGCUGGCGGCGCCGCGGCGUCGUCGGCGGAUAGCGAGGGCAGGGACGUGGAGCGGGAACGCGAGAAGGGGAGGUUGGUGGAAGUUAAUGAGGAAGGGAGGUGGAUGAGCGUUGUUUGUCAGCACGGCGGCGGCGAGAAGGGGAAGGGAGGUGGAAAAGGGGUGGUGGCGGCGAAGGGGAAAGGUGGGUUCGCGGAAGCGGCGUUGAGGCGGUUGGGGUUUGAGGUUGGGGAGUGGGUGAGGGGUGUUGGGAGGACUGGUGGUGGCGGUGGAGGGGUUGGUGAUGCUCGAGACGAUUGAGCCUAUUAUGUAGGCGUGGUUCUUUUGGGGUUGUGUUAUCUCAUGUUUGCUUUGUGGUAAUCUUUGGAUCUGGAUCGAGGGGUGAGGGUAUUGUGGAGAGGGGUGCUUGGGUUGGGAAAUAGGGAGUAUUCGUUCUCGUUUCCACUUUUCUUAUGGAGUUGGUUCAAGGGUUUUCGCAUACUUUGUUUUUCAAAGGGUUCUCUUGGUGUCUUGUGGUUGACUUGGGGCGCAAAUCGGAGUUUUGUUAUGAUGAUUGCGUACAGAUGUUGUGUCAGGUACUGGUCUGCAAACGAAUAAUCUUCAGAAUCCUCACCACUGUGUGGUCAUGUUAUGGUACUGUGAUAAUCUUGAUUUACUACUUGUUCAAUCGCCCACUGAUCCCAUCUACGUAUGGAACUGUGUCUUUCCAUACGCCGAGAGUGUUAUGCAAGAGUUUC